GAGCUGGCGAGGAGAAAACACCUCGGAGGCACGGUCCGCGGCGGUGGCAGGGGCCUCGAGCGCGGCCGGCCAAGGGGCCGCCGCCCGCUCGCUGCAGCCGUCCCCCACCUCCGGACGAAAGCGCCCAUCUGCGCCGCCACGUUGCUCGGGUGACCUUCACCGGGUUCGGAGUCCGCCCCUGCGCGCGUCCUCCUCGGAUGCUCUGAAGGCCCGGGGACUGCGCUCCGAAGGCGAGGGGUGUCCGGCUGCCUCCGCGCCGGGCUCGCCUUUGUUUGCGCGUAACCGGCGGAGGCCUCCGAGGGUUCAUCUCUGCUUCACGUCAGUGCCUCUCCUCGGUUCUCAUGGGGACCACUGAAGCCACGCUCCGGAUGGAAAACGUGGAUGUGAAGGAAGAAUGGCAGGACGAAGGUCUUCCCAGGCCACUCCCAGAAGAGACAGGGAUGGACCCUCUUGGCAGCCCCACAGAAGACACGUCCUCCCCUCCCAACACGUUGAACUUCAACGGAGCUCAUCGGAAGCGGAAGACGCUGGUCGCCCCAGAGAUCAACAUCUCCCUGGACCAGAGCGAGGGCUCCCUGCUGUCCGACGACUUCCUGGACACCCCUGACGACCUGGACAUCAACGUGGACGACAUCGAGACCCCCGACGAGACUGACUCGCUGGAGUUUCUGGGGAACGGCAACGAGCUAGAGUGGGAAGAUGACACCCCCGUGGCUGCCGCCAAGAACAUGCCCGGGGACAGCGCAGACCUGUUUGGGGACGGUGCAGCGGAGGACGGCAGUGCUGCCAAUGGGCGCCUGUGGAGGACGGUGAUCAUCGGAGAACAGGAGCACCGAAUCGACCUGCACAUGAUCCGGCCCUACAUGAGGGUGGUGACACACGGAGGGUACUACGGCGAAGGUCUCAACGCCAUCAUCGUGUUUGCUGCCUGUUUCCUCCCGGACAGCAGCUCCCCCGACUACCACUACAUCAUGGAGAACCUCUUCCUGUACGUCAUCAGCAGCCUGGAGCUGCUGGUGGCGGAGGAUUACAUGAUCGUCUACCUGAAUGGCGCCACGCCCCGCCGCAGGAUGCCGGGCAUCGGCUGGCUGAAGAAGUGUUACCAGAUGAUCGACAGGAGAUUGCGGAAAAACCUGAAGUCGCUCAUCAUCGUGCACCCGUCCUGGUUCAUCCGCACUGUGCUGGCCAUCUCCCGCCCCUUCAUCAGCGUGAAAUUCAUCAACAAGAUCCAGUACGUGCACAGCCUGGAAGAUCUAGAACAGCUCAUCCCCAUGGAACACGUGCAAAUCCCGGAGUGCGUGCUACAGUAUGAGGAGGAGAGGCUCAAGGCCAGGAGAGAGAGCGCCAGGCCGCCACCAGAGUUUGUCCUGCCCAGGUCCGAGGAGAAGCCAGAGGCAGCUUCGGCAGAGGACAGGUCUGCUCCGGGCACAGAAGACCAGGAGACAAGCCUGUCCUGAGGUGACAAGAACACAGAAAAGGACAAGAAAGAAGAUUCCAGAUGCCAAGAAACCUCUGUCAGACGCCCUCCGGCCCUGGACCUCAUCCCCGCCUCGUCCUACAUCCCCGUCUUGGGAGGAUGUCCGUCUCCUCCGCCCAUCUCUGAAACCCAGCAUCCUUUUUAGCUGCUUGAAAUUUUUUUUUUUU